CCGAGUCCUCCCCGGGGGGCUCGGGGUUUAGCGCCGAAGAGGCGGCUUCCGAGCAGGGGGGGCGACUUGAAGUAUUGAGGGGGCAGGAAAUGUCUGGACCGUUUCAAGAGAUGUCUGAGGGAGCAGAUGAGCUCUCUCAUGAUAUGGCAGACCCCCUCGAAGAAAUGGACACGUCGGAUACCCAGUGGGGUUGGUUUUACUUGGCUGAAUGUGGCAAGUGGCAUAUGUUUGAGACUGAUUCUACUAGCCAGUGUUCACUUAGCAGUGAAGACAUUGAAGGGAUGUUCAAAAUUAAUCCACAAGGUUCCAUUUCUUUUACAACUGCAAAAUUCGACUAUGUGUUGGACUUUUCAGGGAUGAAACAAACUAACCAAACAACUGGAAAAGAACGUCCCAUAAAAAGAGCUCCAUUUUCUAUCACUGCCUUCAGUUUCAUCUGUGAAAAUCAGUCUAUCCCCAUGCCUUCACACUGGGAGAAUGUAAACUCAGAAGAGCCAUACCAGCUAAUUACUUUGCAUAAGCUGACAAAUGAAUAUAAGGAGGUUGCUAGUCAGUUUGGGAAAACAAUGGAUAGUAAUCGGAUUAGAAGAAUUCAGAGAAUUCAGAAUCUAGACCUGUGGGAAUUCUUUUGCAGGAAAAAGGCUCAGCUAAAGAAGAAAAGAGGUGUCUCCUUCAUUAAUGAACAUAUGCUGUUUCAUGGCACCAGUAGUGAAUUCGUGGAAGCCAUCUGCAUUCAUAACUUUGAUUGGAGAAUCAACGGCAUGCAUGCUGCUGUAUAUGGAAAAGGGACGUAUUUUGCAAGGGAUGCUUUAUAUUCCAGCCGCUUCUGCAAAGAUGACUUGAAGCAUGGCAGCACGUUACAGAUUCAUGGAGUUGACCUGCAACUUCAGAUGUUUUGGAAGCAUAAAGUGAUGUUUCUCGCUCGUGUAUUGACGGGGGACUAUGUCAAUGGGGACUCCAAAUACGUGAGACCACCUUCAAAAGACGGGAGCUUUGUGAAUUUAUAUGACAGCUGUGUAGACAGCACCUGGAACCCAAGGAUUUUUGUCAUCUUUGAUGCCAACCAGAUCUAUCCAGAAUAUUUAAUAGAGUUCAGCUGACUGAGCUGAGUGGCAGUAUUUAAUUUGUUUGCUAAAGAAAAUAAAACUUACAUCGUGGAUAAGUGUUUGGCAGAAUGGAAGUAUAAAGCUUGACUAACUUCAAAUUUCAGAUCAUUUAAAUUUCAAAUCCUUCAUAAGCACUGUUAUUGAUCGUGCUACAUUACAUAUGGCCAUUAAUCUUGGAACUUGGGCCAAAUAGGAAUUGUAAAUAUCAGGGCAACAAUUGGCUCAGCUUGCUUGCUUCACAAUCCGUCACCUGUCAAAACUGGCUGUUUCAUAAAAUUCAAGUAACCGGCAGAGCUGGGUGGUUCUUCAGUAGGAUUGAAACAUCUAACUUAAAUUUAUCCCUGUGAUAAGAUGAUCAGCCGUUGUGGCUAAAAGUGAGAUAUAUUGCUCAUAUCCAAAUGGACAUUUUAUAAAAUGCGAAUUAGGUUUGGCAUGUUAUAAAUCCUGCAGCUUUUCUACAGCCACCAGUUCAAAGUGUUGGUGCUGACCUUUAAAGCCCUAAACGGUCUCAGUCCAGUAUACCUGAAGGAGCAUCUCCACCCCCAUCGUUCUGCCCGGACACUGAGGUCCAGCUCCGAGGGCCUUCUGGCAGUUCCCUCCCUCCGAGAAGUGAGGUUACAGGGAACCAGGCAGAGGGCCUUCUCGGUGGUGGCGCCCACCCUGUGGAACGCCCUCCCAUCAGAUGUCAAGCAAAUAGACAACUAUAUGACUUUUAGAAGACAUCUGAAGGCAGGCCUGUUUAGGGAAGCUUUUAAUAUUUGAUGUUUUAUUGUGUUUUUAAUAUUCUGUUGGAAGCUGCCCAGAGGGGCUGGGAAACCCUGCCAGAUGGGUGGUUUAUAAAUAAAUUAUUAUUAUUAUUAUUA